CGAGGAUUUUCGAUGCUAACGUGUGACCGUUUAGCCGUCUCUCAUGUGUUAUUUGCAGUAAUUAACUCCAUUAGCGAGUUAAUUCAUAUGUAAAUACUCAUAUAACUCGUCUCGUGCAUUCAAGGAGCAUCGCAGCAUGAACAGGCUGUGGAGAAUCGUAACAGCGGCGAAAUGGCUUUCAUCGCAACGCAGCGGCUAUGACUUAGGCCAUGCGAUAAAAAUGGAAGUUGUUAACACAGAUGAAGGGCGCUAUGAACAAACUGAAAAUUUACCAGGGAACAGUGCGGCCGAUAGCGACGCUUCGAGUAGUGUUUUCGAAGGCAACGAUAGCGAUCGGUGUAGUGAGGACUUUGACGGGAUUUCAGAUGACGGCGAUCUAAGGGAAGACCUGCAGAAAUCCAUCGCAGAAUGUUACAGGUCCGACUCGAAUUUUUCAUCUCAAGCAACAAGCGACAUCACAAAUGACGAAGAAUUUCAGGCGACUGCGCUCGUCCAGUUCAUGGAUAUACUGAAUGACCUGGACGAAGUUCUAGACAAGUCUCUCUUGGCAUGUUUAGACGACGACACAGCAAACUACGACAGCGACGAAAACGAUCUUAUUUGUAAAAUUAAAGAAUGUAUCGGGGAUACUCAAGAUCAGUCGGAACAUUCCGAAGCAUUAAGUUCAAUGGACGAAAAUACUCAAGUAAUCACUUGUACAAACUACGCACCCUCUGUACCUUCGAUAGAAGAUUUAGAUAUAACGCAAGGUGUAUCGCAACGACCGCAAACUACAGGCUUGGGAAGAUCGAAAAGCUACUCAGAUGUGUCAGCCCGUGAUGUCGUUUCAAGCGUGGAGAGAGCCAGCACUACAAAUGACAAUGUGCGUAAUUCAAUGAGGAGAUUAGAUCCGAUUGUUUUACCGGCGAUAACAACAGAACAGCCUUUGACGUUGCCGGUUAUAUUGUUCUUGGAACAUAAUGUUAAUAUGCGCCCGACAAGCGUACCGAUACAGCUUCAGGUGACGGCUGCUAAUCUGAGCACUGACGGAGCAUCAGGACCGCUGAUCGUCGGGCGGCGUACUCUACUCAUGAAUCGGGCCCUCUCGUUGCCUUCUCCGGGCGACAGUGAAGCCGCAGCCGGAGAGUGGACGGGUCGAAACACUGCCAGGAGUACAGCAAGAAGCAGCACCACAUCGAGCUCGUCAAACGAAUCGUUAAAUGUUGCUGUGGUCAAUCAAAGUGCCAACAAUGGUACGGAGGAGAGAAACGAAGAGACUGAAGAACCUCCUUUUGGAGUUUGGCCUCAUCGUAUGAGUUCGAUGUUGGCCUGUUUGAGUUGUACUGUUGGUAUUUUCAACAUUUCUAGAUUUGCCAUAUUCAGCGUUCAUUUUGGAGCGAGUUUUAUAAUACAGUUUUUAAUACUGUCUCUGUUUGUUGGAAUACCCCUUUUUACACUUUACUUAUGUUUGGGUCAAGUAUUGGAAGCUGGGCCAGUGGAUAUGUGGAGGAUCUCGCCAAUAUUCCAAGGUGUUGGUAUAUCAUUGCUCAUCACCCAAGCCGUAAUUGGAAUGUACAGCAUAAUUGGUCUUUCUUGGAUAUUCGUGUACUUUCGAGAUUCAUUCAUUAAUUCUAACGACAAAUACAAAUGGGCGCUGCCGCAUGAAUUCAAUAUCGAAGAUCCCGCGAGCCGAAACGGUACAUACAAAAUUCACGAGACGAUACCACAAUAUUUUCACGGCGAGGUCCUACAAAGAAAUCUGCUUUCUAACGGCAAUACGUAUUUCGGAACGAUUAAGUUUCAAGUUGCGUUCAAUUUGGCCGUGGUGUGGAUGAUCGUUUUCGUCGCGCUGAGCAAAGGACUGCGAUCGUACGGCAAGGCCGUUUACAUAUUAAUAUUUCUGCCGAUAUGCGGAACCCUUGUGCUGUGCACGAAACUGUUGACGCUGAUACCGUACGACACCGUCACGAAUAUAUUCGCCGAGACCGAAUGGACGGAGUUCUUCGUGAACAGUAACAGUUGGGCGGCGGCGGCACAGGAGACAUUCCUAACGUGGGGCUUGCUAGGGGCCUGCGUGAUGCAACUGACGUCCCACAAGAACGCAAAGAACAAAACCAGUGGUAUGCUGCAGAGGGAGAGCGCCUGCAUCAUAGCAUUCACUUUCGCGGUUUUGUUGCUCGGCUCGUUUUUAGCUAACACCUGCGUACAGAUACUGAAGAACUAUGGAUACGUUUAUAUACCCGGCAGCUUUGAAACAGUCAAAUCAUCACAAUUUCUGUGGCCUAAAACGGAGCCACUGCCUGGGAAUUCUGCCUCGACUCCUUUGCGUUAUAUGGGACAUUACGGCAGUAUCGUCGGUGUUACGGUUUGGCGUACUGGCAAUGCGGCUCGAAUAUACAGCGGAUGGCAGCCUCUGCAACUGGCCACACAGCUAGUGCCGGCCACUUUGGCAGUGCUGCCAGCUAACUUGCUCUCACCUGCCUGGGCCGUGAUAUUCUACUUCAUCAUAAUAAUGUUCGGAGUAGCGCAGCAGAUCGCGAUCUGGCACUGCGUCAUUGCCGGUGUGAUGGCUAUCAACGCGAAGACGCUUCGCAUCUGGGAGACUACGAUAACGUUCCUCAGCUGCGUCGUGGGACUGGCCGUUGGACUUGUACUAAGCACUGAUGCGGGUAUAGCGGUGGUGCAGUUCUGGGACUACGUGUGGGCGGGGUCGUGGUGGUCGUGCGCGGUGCAGGUGGUGGCGGCGUGCGGGGUGUUCGUGGUGCGCGGGCGGCCCUACUCCGCCGACGUGCUGGUGGCCGCGCUGUGCCGCCGCCGCCUGCCCGCCGCGCUGCUCAGCUUCGUCUGGACCGUGGUGCUGCCCGUCUGUCUGUGUGCGAUUUGCGUUAUGGACUUCAAAGUUGGACAACAACGACAGCUGUACACGUGGAGGAAGCCUGUUGGAUACUAUCCGAUAUGGUGUCGUCAAGUGGCUGUCCUGAUGCAACAGGGUUGUUUGCUCCUCAUACCGGUCACAGCGUUCAUACAAACAUGGAGGUACAUGAAUAAAGGACCCCCGGAUAUCCUAGACCGCAUUCAGAACCUGUACCGUCCCCCGGUGGGGGGCGAGGAGCAUUCGAGCGGUCCCCCCGCACCCGCGCCCGCCCCCGCGCCUCCCGACCCGCCCCCCAAGUACACGCCGCCGCCCUCAUACUCAACGGCCACCGGCGCCAGGCUCCUGCACACACUCAGGAGGAGCUUCAGAACUUUGAGGAGAAUAACGUCUCGACCCGAACAACAAACGGACGACGCAUCACAAAUGCCCAUAACGCUGAGCGAGGCCGUCGAGCGCGUCGGCAAUCAAACUCAUCCACCGGACUACAGCGGAGUGUGCGGUACGCCAUCUAUUGACAUUACAGACGAAACUGACUCGCGCGUUACCCGACCGCGGUCAUCGACCUCCAGGAACUCGCUGUCGCUCACCCGCGACUACUUACGUAGAUCGUUCGUACGCAAGAGCGACUCCGCGAAAAGCAUCAGAUCGAGCUUACGCAGGAGCUUCAAGUACGGCGGUGCCUUGACCACGAGUCACGAACAUUUGGUACGCGAAGCCGAACCCAUAUCGAACACCGUCGCGAUGUCGGCCAUGCUCGACGUCGACCACGCGCCCCACACUCGCAGCAUCGCCUCUGUGAUAUGAUAAAACAUCACGAAUUACUUAAUAUGGAUGUUGACAAAUUUAAACUCUUUAUGUUCAUAUUUAAAAAAAAAACGAAACUAUUUUUCGUAGGGAAUCAUGAUGUCACUACUUAAAAAUAUAAGUGUAUGACAUCUUCAAUAUUUUUCGUUUAAUAGCCUUAAUAAGUUCAAACGAAACUCUGUGUUAUGUGACGAAGGGCUUAAUAGUUUAAGAUUGCAAAAGUAUACACAAUUUAAUUUUCUCUACACAAAAAAUCACAUAUUUUUCUUUAUACUUCGAUCGAGCCCAGAAAUAAUUUUAAUAUAAUAAAGCCCAAAUUAACAGUAUUUAUCUAGCAGUAGUUAUUUAUUAAACCUAGACUUUGAUUAAAGAAUCCCGAAAAUACUUUUUACUUAAUUAUGUAAUUUUAAAUGAGAUACCUAUAUAAUAUACCUGUAAGUUUUGGAAGCCAAAACACUACUUAGCAUCAGAAGGCCAAUUAUAUAAAUAGGCAUCAAACUGUGAUUAGAAUAUAACUUUUGUUUAUUUAUUUAUCGAGGUCUUACUUACCUCUUUUUAUUAUCUUAUGACAUAUGAAUGAGAAGAGUUUCAAAAAUUUAUUAGCAUCCAUACCAGCCAAAACGGUUAUAGUUUGAUAGUAGUACAAUAGAUUAAGACGGUUUAGUACAUUAAACAUUAAACUCAAUUUUUAACGAAUAUUUAAUCGCUAAUAGGGUAUGCUCAUCUCGAAAUAGUUUUAAAAUUUGAAUCUCAGUUAGCAACUCCUGUAUUUUUGUAACCUUAAUAUUGAGAAUAAGCAUAAUAAUAACUUUUAGUUAACAAAUGUAUUAAUUUUAGUAAUAAGACUUACCCUGAAAGUAUACUUAAUGAUAAUAAAUCGUGAGCUUAGUAAGUAAAUGGAGUUGUUUAUGGUUAAUUAUUUUGAUGUAUUUGCAGAAUGGUCCCGGAUUAGAUGUGUUCUUUAGUAAUGGAAGUGUAUUUUUUCUCAAUAAGCGAGACUUGGUGUUGUGAAUGUUUGGUUUACGAGGAUGAUAUGAAUAGUUAUGAAAACGCGACUUAUGCAUUCGAUAAUAAAUAGUAUUUAGGGAAAAUAUUGAAGAAUAUCGAUUCCACCGUUUCUUAGACGUGUUGGAGUAACGUUAGAUUUUGUACCGUGUAGGAAAUAAAUGAUGUUUUAAAAAAUAUAACGAAUAGAAAUACUAAAGAAACCACACAUUAUUCUGGUAACAAAAGAAUAAACAAUAUAAAAGGCACUUGGAAGUUUGUAAAAAGAUUAUACAUACAGCUGUUAUGUUUUUUUUGUGUGCAAUUUAUUUUUAUAAAACCUGUUAAAUUAUGAUGCUCUAUAAGAACAUAGAAUAUAAAAAUCAACACUAUUUAGUAUAAUAACAAUUUAUAAUUUUAAUCAUGGCACAAAGUUAUUAACAUUAUCAAAUACAAACUAGAGGUUAUUUUCUUAAAGACUUAUUUAUGAUUGUAUGAAAUGAAAAAUAAAAUUAUAAAGAAUUUUUAAAGUGUGGUAAAGUGCGAAUGAAUGAGCAUAGUUUUAUUCUACGAAUAAUAAAUUGGUUGUGCCAUGAAUAUUGUAGUUUCAAAGAUUUUGUGAAUGUCAUUACUGGGAAUUUAUAAAAGUACAAUGAAUUAGUUGUUGUAAGUGGAAAUCUGAAAUUUUUGACAUGGAACAAAAAAAAGCAUCGCUUUCAUUUAUGGUUCAAGAAUCAAAAACAAUAACCACUAUACUACAGGCAGCUUCUUUAGUUCCUUAUAUGCAUUUAAUAUCAUUUGAGAAAAUCUAUUGUUCGAAUAUAUUUAGUUCUAGUCACACAUGCUUUCACUUCAAUUUGCGUUUAAAUCAUCACACUAACAAUAAAUCACAUAUUAUUAAGUUUUACUAUUUUCUUUAAGAUAAUCUAGGCUUUAACUACAUUCCUUUUUGUUGCAACAUUAAAAGUUAAAAAAUAUUAAAAACAUUUACACGAAACAA